ACCGACCCCAUCCAUCGGCCAAGGUUACUAUAAAUACUACCUUUCCAUUUCCAUUCCUUCUCUCUCAUUUCAUUUCGCUGAUCUGAAAUCCACGCUGUUCUAUUUCUCCGCACGCCGGCGCUCGUAGCACAAAAACUAAGAAACAAAAGAAGGCUCCUCUCUUCCAAUUCUCGGAUUAGAGACCGAUCGGAAAGGUCUCGGAGGCGUCGGGAUCGAUAAUUUUCGAUCCGUGAUCGAUUUUUUUUGGGGUCCUCGAUCCAUCUUGGGCUCGAUCGGAAAUUUCGCGCUCUCGAUCGGAUUACAGCUCCGAUCCCUAGGUUCGAUCAUAAAUCAAGGUCCCAGGUGUGAGAGCGCACGAGGGAGCUCGAUCAGAGCUCGGAUCACAGCGGCUUUCUCUAUUCCCGAUCUGGAUUUGGAUUUUAUGAUAUCUAAAUCCUCAGUUUUUUUCUUUUUACCGAUUUUUCCGAUCUCAAUCCAUCUAGCUUUCAUCUGCAAAGAGUCUGGAUUUUUCUCCUCUUCCAUCAAUUUCCGAUUAGAAAUCAGGUAUUGAUCUAUAAAGUUGCGAUCUUUUGAGUUUUCCGGAUUAGUGGUUUUAUCAGAAGUGAAGAAAAUUUGUUAGCUGGCUGUUGGGAUUUAGCCAUGGCUGAUUGCCGGAGCUUGAUCGAGUUCUGCAGAACGUUCGAGCAGCACCGCAACAUGGCCAACUUCCAGGCCUCGUCGGAUCACCGCAGCAGCCAGUCCCGCAACCGGAGGAGCAAGUCCUUGGAUCCUUUGUCCCAUCCCUUCUGUGAGCACUCCCCCUUCGCCGCCAUCGACGUCGUGAUGCUCUUUCUGGUGCUUGGCGCGCUUGGUGUAUUGACUGUCCCUUACCUCAAGUUCAUCUUCCAUGAAGCUGCUGAGAUUCUCCCUUUGGCCAUAGACCUCAUGGGGGAUGUUCUCUACCAAGCCCCUGUUGCUUAUGCUGCUGGAUUUGUUUUGAUGUUCAUUGCCGGGAUUGCUGCGUGGGAGUUCAUCAGUCAGCAGGCUAGGAAAUGUGGCAAACCUUACUGCAAAGGUCUCCGUAAAGCGGUUGAAUUCGAUAUCCAGCUUGAGUCAGAGGAGUGCGUCAAGUGCCUACCGCCGUUUCCAAAGGAUGUGCUUGGGACUCGCCCCCUGGAACUAGGGGAAGACCACAAGGAACUUGAAGCUGAGCUCAAGAAGAUGGCGCCACUGAAUGGCCGGACUGUUCUCAUCUUUCGCGCCCCCUGUGGAUGCCCUUCAGGAAGAAUGGAAGUCUGGGGGCCCAAGAGAGUUCGCAGGAUCAAGAAGUAGGCAGGCAUACCUCCUUCAUUUAUAGUUAUAAUGUUUUUAUAGGAAUAAACUAGAAAUACCUGACUAGGAAAUAGUAUCUUAGUCCAUGUUCCUCCUUUAUCAAAUAAGCGCAUUUGGUAUACUCAGAGGGUCAGCACAUGUAAUGUGGAAUUCUGAAUAACCCUUUUUAAUGCUCUUGAAAGUGCAACCUUAAUUCUAAUAUUACAAAGUUUUAGAUCACAUUUUUGAGUUACUUUGCUGCCAUUGGCUGUUAAUAAUUUCAUGACAAGGUAGAGUGAGCUCCUGUUCUGUUGUGGAUCUUUUUUUCCAUAAUUUAUUACAUUUAAUUUUAGCUUUUAGGCUUAUGGAGAACUAUAUUUCCUCUUAUUUGCAUAACGUGGGUUCUUUUUUUUUCGGUUGGGUGUAGUGAUCUCUUAACUUUUGCAAGCCUUACGCCAUUCGUUGGAUACAUCUUUGGCUUGUUUGUAUCUCUUGGAAAAUUAGAGGAUAUGGUGGAUUGACUUGAUUGCUACGCUAAUGUACUUGGAGGUGGCUCAUGAUGUAGAUGAUUUUACCAGCAGAAGGGAUGAACAGACAACUCACUUUACUAUUGCUAGUUAAAAGCUCUCAUCAUGAAUUUAUGGAAAUAUAUGUUUUAUAAAUAGAAUGCAUGUCCAUAGUGAGGCUUCUAAUCGCUUGAACUGUUUGUGCAAUACUAAGUAAAUAUUGGAAUCAGAAUUCAUCCUAGUGUGAAUUUUGUUUUGUUGGCAUUUUUCUUCGGUCUUCAAAAUUUGUCAUUGUGGUUGUUAGUGAUUAACUUAAGAAUUCUAAAGUUGAUAGUGCGAGACGAAGGUUUGACCAUAUUUUGGCUUGUCACUAUAUGGUUUCAAUAAAUUUAAAUUUCUAACUGGUGAAGAAGCAAGGGGAUUUGGAAUAUUUUCAUGCUACUAUGUUGGUUUUCCAUCGCUAAAAUAAGCCCUGAUUUAUUUUUGUAUGCAAUGGAACUCACUAUCACAGUGCAGAUUAUGUUUAAAAUAAAACAAAAGAUUAGCAUCUAAGUUUAAAAUUAUACUUCUUUAGGAUGUUCACAAAGCCAUCUUCGAACGCAUUUAAGGAACCAUGAAUCUUAUGGGGUCAACUCCUGACAACGAGGAGUAUA